AUGUUAGUAAAAAUAUAUGGUAACCCGACAGAAAAAGAACCGGAUUGGUCCUAUAGUCCUAUACCAAACGAAGUCUCAAGACACGUCCAAGAAUUUAAACGCAACAUGUCUGAAUGUUUAAAAGAGGUACAGAGAAAUGAUAAGAGAGAGAUCAAAAGAUUGUCACCAAAGAUGGAGUCACCAGUACAUGGCGAGUGCCUUAUCGCCUGCGUACUUAAACGAAAUGGUGUUAUUGAGAACGGGAAAGUUGUAAAAGAUAACCUUAUUGGCUUAAUCACCAAGUUUUAUGCAAAGGAGGAUAAAUUAAUAAAGAAGUUGGAGAGGAAUAUUGAUAGAUGCAUAAAUACAAGUAUCAAAAGUAAAGAUGAAUGUUUGCUUGCAUCCAAUCUGAAUCAAUGUACCAAUGACAUAAUGGCAAACAAUAAACACAUGAUAUCUAUUUAA